UUAUUAUUGUUACCCGUCUACCAAGACGCUCUUCUGACGAGGCGAAACCCUCCAAAAUUCACAACUACGCCACGAACGUCCAGCACAUUACGCUCCCAGUAGCGAUCUAGACGUCUGCGGGUGUGAAUGGUUCUGCAGACGACCUUCUGCUACGUGUUUGAGUAAGGUUCGCGAGAUGAAGGCGCAAAAAAAAGAUAUGGGACAACUUACUACGGUGAUGGUGAUGCAGCUGCUGCUGCUGCCGCUUGCAACGGUCACCGGCGAAGAAAGUCGACUGGUUUGCUACUUCACCAACUGGUCACCGGACCGGGGCGGUGAAUACGCGUUCAAUGUCAAUGACAUACCGGUCGACCUCUGCACCCAUAUCACGUACACGUUCGCCGGUGUGGACGAGCACACGUUCGAGCUGCGGCCCACAAACCGGAAGUACGACAUUCUUCAGCAGGGGUACGAGAAGUUUGCCAACCUGAAGCAAGCGAACCCGGAGGUGAAGCUUUCGCUGGCGGUCGGUGGCUGGGCGCACGGUGGCGAACCGUUCCAGAAGAUGGCCGCCACACUGAACGGCCGCGAAGUGUUUAUUGCGAGUGUGAUCGAGUUUCUGAAGCGGUACGACUUUGACGGUAUCGAAAUUGUGUGGCUCUGGCCGGGCAGCCCGGAUCGGGGCGGAACGACCAGCGAUAAGGAUAACCUGUACCUGUUGAUAGCGGAGUUGCGCAGUGCGUUCCGGGAGGCGGGACACGAGAAUUGGGAAGUGGUGGUACAGGUGCCGCUCGAUCGGUACCGGAUCGAUCUCGGCUAUCACCAGAGUCAGCUGUGCCGAGUGGCUAACUAUGUGUACGUAACCGGAUACGAUCUGCGUGGUUCGUGGAACGGAUUCACCGAUGUGCACAGCCCGAUGAACAAUCGUCUGUUCGAUACGGGUGCGCUGAAGGACCUGAACGUUAAGGGAGGCAUCCAGCACUGGAUCAAGGGUGGAUGUCCGGCGAACAAGAUCGUGCUAGGGGUGCCACUGUUCGGGCGGACGUACACACUGGAGAACAGUGAGCAGCACGGGCUGGCGGCACCGAUCACUGGACCUGGCAAUCCUGGCCCCUACACGACGGAAGCGGGCUACCGGGGAUACUUCGAGAUUUGUGACGAAAUGAAACAAUCCCCGUGGACGAUCGAUUGGGACGAACGGGGUCUGUGUCCGUACGCGUACCAGGGCAACCAGUGGGUGGGCUACGAGAAUAAUAUUUCACUCGUGGAGAAGGCGAACUUUGCCAAGUUCCAGGGACUGGGGGGAGUGUAUGCCUUUUCGCUGGAUUUGGACGAUUAUCGGGGCAAAUGUGGUGCACCGUAUCCGUUGCUGACCGCGCUAAGAAAUGCGUACAAGCCGAAGAAAUUCUGUCCACCGGACGAUGAACAAGAUUUUGCCCUGUUCCGGGAGCCGUGCGACUUAGCCUGAAGUGCGUGGGGUGGUUGACAGUGAUCCAUAAAGAAUCAUGUUCGUGAAGUUCCAGUGGAUUGAGUUAGGAAAACAUUUGUGUGCACAGUGUCAAAGGCCAGAAAUGAGUUUACAGAUAAUAAAAAUGUACAAUUCUUGA